AGGAUGAGAUUUUCUCAAAAUUCAUUCUAGAAAACCAGCUGCGAUCCGGACUACAAAAGACUCAGGGCCCUUUCACCGCCAUCUCUCGAAAGAAAGAACUCAUCCAUGACCGUGCAAAAAUCUGGUUCAACGCCGCACCAUUCGAAAAAGAUUCUUGAGAUUUUCAAAACACCCAAGGUAUAUGAAGUGAGCCAGCAGCAGACUGUUGAGGCACGUCUCUUGGACGGGCAAGCUCUCCGUAAGGAGUUCUGGAGUUUCCUCGUCUAUGCCUUACCCCCCACCGUCUCGUAUGCUCUCGACACGGGUGUGGAGAUCGUGUGCCUGGCCUUCGUGGCAAAGCUCGGGGAGCGAGAGCUUGCUGCGGCAGGGCUGGCUUUCAUGCUAUCCAACAUGAGCGGGCAUGCAGUGUACACGGGCGCGUCGACUGCGCUGGGGACGCUGGGGUCGCAGGCCUACGGGGCGAGGAAGUACGAGCUUGUGGGUCUGCUGCUGCAGCAGGCGAUGGUGGUGGCGGGGGUGGUGCUGGCGGCUAUCUCAACGCUGUGGCUAUUUGCAGGGCAGAUGUUCCAUGCCUGCGGGAUCGCUCCGACGAUCGCGGGGAUGGCGGGGAGCUUCAUCCGUUGGCAGAUCCUGACGCUGCCGCCGAUGGCGCUGAUGCAGUUGCUCAAGGUGUGGCUGGAGGCGCAGGGGAUCCUGCGGCCGAUUACGGCCGUCUCAUGCGCAGUGCUGGUGUUCACGUGGAUGUUCGGGUGGCUGCUGAUCGAGCGGGACAUGCUGGGGCUUGGGUUGUACGGGGCGCCUGUGGCGGUGCUGUGCGCGUACACGUGCGGGAACGUGGUGUUCCUAGGGCUGAUCGCAGCCGGGGGUUACCAGAAGAAGACGUGGAAGGGCUGGAGCUGGGGGGCGAAGGCAGGGCUGUGGGGCUUCGCGGGGUUAGCGCUGACGGGAGCAGGGAUGGUGUGCCUGGAGUGGUGGUCGUAUGAGGUGCUGGGAGUGGUAGGGAGCGCGUUCGGGGAGACAGCGACGGCUGUGCAGACGGUGCUGGUGAAUUUCUCGUACUUCAUGUACGCGACAGGAGAGGGGAUCGCGAUCGCGGCAGGGACUCGGGUAGGGAACGCGCUGGGGGCUGGGCUGCCGGUGGCGGCGCAGAGGUCAGCGGGGAUGGCGGUGUUCCUGGCGCUGCUGUCGGCAUUCUUCAUCAUCGUCCCCCUGUGGGCAAGCAGGGGGACGUGGGUGACAUCUUUCCUUCAGGGCGAGGAGUCCUUCGUCCUGGUGUCGAGAUGCACGCCAGCCCUGAUGCUCUUCCUCCUGUUCAACUCGGGGUACGGGGCUCUGUCCGGGAUCCUGCUGGGUUCGGGGAAGCAGCAGGUGGGGCUGGUUGCGAACCUGGUAGCCUGCUACCUCAUCGGGAUCCCUUUGGGUCUCACGAUGAGCUUUUACUACGGCCAUGGCAUCCUGGGUCUGUGGUGGGGGCAGGUGUGGGGAGUGUUCCUGCUGUUCACGAGCUUGUCAAUCUACAUCAUGAGCAUCGACUGGAGGUCGCUGGCGAUGAAGACGAGGGCAGAGCUAGAGUCUGAUGGAGUUGAGAUGAGCGAGGGGCUUCUUGAAGGAGGCUUCGUGAUCGAGGACUCAUGAUCUGCCGACCAGGUGAUCAUGGCCCCGCAUGCGUGCUCGUCCAUGCUCUUGUUGCUUGCGGUCCCCCGUGUAUGCUAGCUUCACGCACCCACGUGAAAACCUAGAGAGAUGUAUCAUAAAUGCUACAAGCUGCAUCGUGUCAAGAUGCAUUUCUUUUUUGUUUGGUUAAAAUCAUCGAUCAAGUAGUAGUCUAAGUAAACAUUUGAACAAACAC